AUGAUUGUGCAAACCGACAGCGGAGAGAAUGAUAACUGUAACACAAAAGCAAGGCUGACACCACCCCCUCUUCUCUCUCUCUCUGACAUGGUUCAUCUUCUUUCUUGCUCUUAGAUUCCCUAGUCUUGGAUCUCAGAAUCAAACCGUUUAUUUUUUUUUCUUUUUUCUUUUUUUUAUUUGCUUUGCAUAUGUAGCUUCAAUGAUAUCGGAUCUAAAGUGGUUUACUUGCUCAUAUCCACAUGCCCUUCAUUCAAGUCACUAAUUCAAUUCAGCUUAUCUGUUGGUGAAAUGUGUGAAAGUAGAGGAGAGUAAUGGCAGCAGCAGAAGCAAGGGCAGUGUGGCAGAGAGCAGCUAAUCGUUGCUUUGUCCAAGAAGAUGCAAAAAGAGCACCGAAGCUAGCUUGCUGCCAAUCACCAUCUUCAACAUCUAAACAGGUUGAGGCAGGUCCUACAACUGCAGCAUAUGGGCCAGAUUACCCUUCAAGCGGUUUCAGGCCUUUCAGUAGGAAUUCUUCAUAUUCUAAUUUAUCCCUAGACACAAGAUGGUGGCUGCAAAUGCAACCCAAUUAUGGAUACCAGAAGGGUUUGACGUAUGAAGAGUUAAAUGCAUUGGAGUCGGAGGAGGAAACUUUAAGAACUGGAAUUGAGGAUCCAAUAUCUGAAAUUAGUGAGGUCCGUCCACAGACAGGAGAAUCUACUGGUGUUGAUGGUCAGAAUAACAGCGAGUCUUCUCUCGAUGUAGAUCAUGGUGCAGAUGUUUGUAUGAAGAAAGCUUCUGAAGUAAAGUUUUUACAUGGUAAGAACAUGGAGGAACUUGAGGACACAACAGAAAGCUGUGAAAGUAUAAAAUUGGAUUCUAAAAACUGCCCCAAUACCAAACAGCCGAAUGAAUUAUGUAUUGGUCCUGAAUAUAAUUGGAUGGGCAACGAGAAGACAGAGCCAUGGUGGCGGAUGACAGAUAGAGAUGAAUUGGUCUCCUUGGUUGCAAGGAAAUCACUUGAUCAUAUUGAGAACUGUGAUCUUCCCCCACCACAGAAGAUGUGCCAUAGGAGACACCCACAUGCUCAUAUUGGGUAUUUGGAUCAAGAGGAAAAUUUGGUAUCAUCUUUGGAUUGGUUAGCCCCAACUGGUGGUCUUUCCAACAGGACAGUUUAUACAGAGGGCUUUGCUAACUCUCGAAGAAAGCACGAAAUACAGGAGUUUUUAACCGAAAAGGAGCUCAACAAUUAUGGUUCCAACAAACCUUUCAGCAGCCCCACUGCAACCCUCCAGAGUAAUUCCACAGAGACGCAACUAGAUCUAGCUGAAGGGGAGCUUAGUAAAGCACAGCUGAUAGAAGCUCUCUGCCAUUCUCAAACUCGAGCAAGAGAAGCCGAGAAAGCAGCAAAGCAAGCUUAUGCUGACAAGGAGCACAUAUUUUCUCUCUUCUUUAAACAAGCCUCACAACUGUUUGCUUAUAAACAAUGGUUUCGAUUACUGCAGCUAGAAACCCUUUAUAUCCAAGUUAAAAACAACGAUCAGCAAAUUUCCACGAUGUUCCCAUUGGUUCUUCCAUGGAUGUCUUACAAAGGAUUGAAAAGGAAACCAAGGAAGAGCUGGCGUAAAGGUGCCAAGAGCAAACGAUGCAAGCUAGGCCGACCGUGCCAUGAUAUUACCAAAUACGCUGUUGCUUUGGCAUUGGGAUUGAGUCUUGUUGGUGCUGGUUUGUUCUUGGGAUGGACGGUGGGUUGGAUGUUACCUUCUUUCUAGCUAGGCUGCUUAGUUUCUGAACAAAUCUUUUCAUGGUUUCUGUGAUUACUGGUUUGAAAGGGAAGUUGGGUAGGUGAGUAAUUUCUAUUUUGUUUUUGUUGUUUCGGUUCUCUUGUAUGUAGAUUUUUCAAUAUACUUUGUUGUACAAAUGAUUUCAUGAGAUUGUGCUUGUAAAUAUUGGGGUAAAAGAACAAGUUUCUGAAGCUUCAUCCAAUUCAUUUCCUUGUUUUCGACAA